CUGCCUCUCUGUACCCUCUGCAGCACCUGUUUGGCUGGCCCUCCGUCCCAACGUCACUCGCCAACAUGUCCGCCACAACCACCGCCAUAGCAACAGAGCCCCAGCUCCGGCCUAGCCACCAGUACCAGCAGUCCUGCUCUGCGCCCGCGGCCAGCCUCACCGUUGACACAGACCCAGAUGACAUCGUCGAAGCCUCACGUCUCGCAGAUGCCAAUGUCCCCGAAGGUGGCGAGGGCUGGAUCGUCAUUGCCGGCUGUGCCACCCUCACGUGGUGGUACCUGGGCAUGAGUUACUCGUGGGGCAUCAUGCAGGCCGCCCUCGUCGAGAGGGAGCUUGCGUCGGCCUCGACUCUGUCCUGGGUCGGCGCCUUGUGCGUCACCUUCAACAGCAUCGGCGCCCUCGUUUGGGCAAAGUUCAUCCGCAUGGUCGGCACCAGGCAAGCCGCCCUCUUUGGCAUCAUCUGUCUCGGAGGCGGCUGUGUCCUCAGCGGGUUCUGCACAGGCAAUGUCGGUGGGCUGUUCUUUACUAGCGGUGUCCUCAUGGGUCUUGGGACGAGCCUCUGCUUCUUGCUCGUGUCUGUCACUCCGGCGCAGUACUUCAACAAAAAGCGCGGCACGGCCAUUGGUAUCAUCUAUGCAGCCGGUGGCCUGGGCGGCACCGCCUUGACCCUCGCCAUGAGCGGACUCAUCCAGAGAGUAGGCCCUGCAUGGACGUUUCGCAUCUUCGGCUUCAUGAUUCUAGCCACUGGGGUGCCCGCCGCGCUCGUCAUCAAAGAGCGGGUGCCCAUCAGGAAGAAUGCGUUUAUUGACAAAGGCCUUCUCAGAAAUUCUCGCUUCCUCACCUUAAUGGUGGCUGGCGGUCUUUCUACGUUCUACCUCCUGGUCGCGCCGUUCUUCUUGCCACUCUAUUGUACCACUAUCGGCUUGUCCCAGACUGCGGGCGCCGCCCUGGUUGCCGCGUUCAAUCUCUCGUCGGCGAUUGGCAGGCUAGGCUGCGGCAUUUCUUGCGACAAGUUUGGCCCCGUCAACACCCUCUUUUUCGCCCUGCUGCUCAAUGCCUUGACUCUGCUCUUGGUGUGGCCGUUUUCGACGUCGGUGGGCCCGCUGGCUGUGUUUGUGGUCCUGAACGGCGUUGGUAACGGGAGCUUCUUCUCCGCCAUGCCUCCCGUUGUCAGCUCCCUCUUUGGCAGUCUGCGGAUGCCAGUGGUCAUGGGCAUGAUCAUCACCGGAUGGGGACCAGGCUAUCUGUUGGGAGCACCUAUCGCCGGUUAUCUGCUCGCGGCCUACGGUGGCGAACACGGCUCGUCCAGCAACUACCACCCGGCCAUCUUCUUUGCUGGAGCGGCGGCUCUGGCUUCCUGCCUGCUGGUUGGUGUUGUGCGCGUACAGUCGAGCAAAGGACUCCUGAGCAAGAUAUGAACAAAUCAGCCAGGCAGAAGAGCACUGAAAUGCCACGCAAGUCCCUCCGGGAUCUUCUCAACUUUUCCUGCUGUAAGAAACAAUACUGGGCCUCAAGGAACUAAGCAGGCUCCCUGAAUGUGACAGUCAAGGCGGAGUAAAGUAGAAACAUAAGCGACAAAGUGGAGGGAAGUCGGGAAAGAAAAUGGCGCCCUUCCAGAACGGGUUGCCUCUGCUGAAUAUGAAGAUUGCCAAC